UGGAGAGGUGGGACUGCCUGGGAGGCGUAACUCAGGGCAAAUAAAUACUCUCAACCAUUAAACAAGCUAGGUUUGUGCUACAGCUAGCUGAUCAGCAGUGUUGACAGCCAGUUAAAGAAAAGACAAAGCUGCUGUUUUCAGAUGAUAAAGAAACCAGAACUGAGAGGAAUCAUGUUUGAAAACUUCAGAGAAAGACUUCACAUGGUCCAGCAGGAUUUCACAACGGGCUUCAAGACCCUCGGAGACAAAUCAAGAGACCCCAAAAUCAGGAGGAAACCCAGGUUUGAAGAAAGCCUUCCUCAUUUCAGUGCUGGACUGGAAAUCCUCAGCAGGUAUGAGGAGAGUUGGUUUCUGCUCCAUAAAAGAACUAAAGACUGUGCUCAGACUGCAGAGGCAGUAGAUGGAGACAUAGUGAUGCUUUCAGCACACUGGGAGAGAAGAAGAACAGCUCUGACUCAACUACAGGAACAACUGCAAAGCUUGCCGGCCUUCGUCAGUGAACUAGACGCCAUCACUGCUAACAUAGCUCAUCUGGAAGGAGACUUUGAGGAGAUGGAGAGCCGACUGGUCUACCUGGAGACUCUGUGUUGUCAGUGUGAACAGCAGACAGUCAAACAGAAUCAUAUCAACCAACUAGAAGUCUAUAAGAAAAAGAAGCGGAAGGAGCUGGAGGCGCUGGAAGUGGAACUGAAUUCUGAGCAUGCUCAGAAGGUGGCAGAGGUGGAGCAGGCCAUGCAGCAGAAACUGAGAGAACGACAGAAAGUCUACGAGGAAGCCUUUAACCAAGACAUGGAGCAAUACCUGUCCACUGGACAGCUGCAGCACAGAGAGACAACAGAAGCUGAUGUGCACGUUCUGGAUCAGAUGACGGUAACUAACAUAUCAGACCUGGAGGCUUUGGAUGACUUCCUCAACUCUGCUGGUGAUGAUGACAUCAGCACAGGGUCAUCACUGACCUCAGGUCCAGACCUCGAGUCCUGCUCUUCUGAAUCUUCCAGAGGCCAGACGACCCAAGCCCCUCCCACAAGCAACCAAGCAUCCAAUCAGGUCGCAGUAUGGGAGCAAGAAGAGGAAGCGGCCAGCGAGGAGAGCGAUGAGCCUCUGGUACAGUCAGACGAAGAGGACGUUCAGCCCGAUACGUCAUUGGUCGGCCUCCAGGAUGUCGGCACAAUGAGGGGCUCUGACGACAGUGACACUGCGGGGGACCUGCCCUCUGGGUAACCUAGCAACCAGGGCCCUGCAUACUGGGUGGACACUAACUACUGUUACCCCUCCGCUGCCCUCCGCUCCCGUCUGCAGCCAACAUGAGCAGCACUUACCUGCUUCUUUCCUCUCAAGGUCAAAAACUGCGUUUUUUUCAGAUUUGAUGUGAAAACAUGCCUUUAACAUAAAUGCUGAAUCUCAGAGCUGUCAGUCAGUAAUGCUAACUAAGGCCCUGUUCACACCUGGCAAUAACAUGCGUCCUGAGUGAUCGGAUCACAAGUGGACAGCUUUAAGUACAUCUGUUCACACCUGGCAUUAGAAUGCGUCUCCGGUGACCACUUAUGAUCAGAUCUCACUUCCCCGCUCUAUAUGCAAAUGAACACGUAGUAAACACACGGCCAAUACCGCAGACGUUUUGACGUAAUAUUACAGGAAUGUCAGUAGUAAUAUCCUACAUAUUCAUACUUUUUCCUUUCACCAUGCACGUUGGAAGUAGGCGAAGUUGUGCCAGAAACCCUAUGGAGAAUAUUUGGUGUGAAGGAAUACUGAUUUAUCUUUAGGAUUGACUCAUUCCAGGAUUAUUGCCAUCUCAAUGGCUCGUCUGUUAGGACAGAUGAGCAACGGCAGGAGUUCCAGUCCACUUAAUUUAAUACAGUUCAACUGGUUUCUCCGACAGCAGAAGAAAAGGAUAUUAAUCUAAACAUCAUAAUUCCUAAUUUCAAUAAUUAAUCUUUUUUUUGACGAUAAGAAAGUACAGAAUAACACCAGAUUGAUCCUUUAACAUUUCUGUACUGUAUUUUGUUUAAAUAUGACUAUAUGAUCAGCACAACUUUUUUGUCUGAAAAUUACAUAAACAAAUCUGUUUUUGUCUCCUUACCCAUUCAAUAAAAAUAUCAAUCUGUCUGUAUAUCAUAUAA